AUGCCAGGCACCGCUGCCAAUACAGCUCAGGAUCCAUCGGAUGAAGAAAGAAAAACAGAGGUUUCAAUUCCAUCAUCAAAGAAUUGUUCUGGGUGGGACUUUUUCAAUCCGUUUGAUGAUGAUCAGAGGGCUGUGAAGGAAGCACAGGGUAAGGAUGGUGAUGCUAAUGUGAACCAGGGGGAGAACAGGGGAUUGGGGGUGAAUGAUAGUUGUGGAAAUGGGAGAGAAUUGAUGGAAGCAUUGAAGGAUGUGGUGGAACAUUUUGUUACGGCUUGUGAGAGUGGUGUGGAGGUUUCUAGAAUGCUUGAGAUCAACACGGCUUCUCUUCUUCAAUCCUCUGGUUCUGAGCAAAUUCAGGAUGGCCCAAAUAAGAUUGUCCAACCAAUCAGAUGGUGCGGAUCGUCUUCUUCAUCCGGUCCUUCCUCCUUUAAGAGCUUCCUUGCAUCCAGUUCCUCAAUGCAGACAGAAUUCAAGAAUGAUAUUUUUGAUGAAUAUGGAGGAAUGGUCUCCGGAAGCCAUUCAUUGACUCUGGGAAGAUUAUAUGCUUGGGAGAAGAAGCUUUAUGAGGAAGUGAAGGCUGGAGACCAUAUGAGGAAAAUUUAUGAACAGAUAUGUAUACAAUUAAGAAACCAGGAUACUAGGGGAAAGGGCUCAAUGGACAAAACCAGAGCUGAAGUAAGAGAUCUACAUUGCAGAAUCUUGGUUGCAAUUCGCACCAUUGAAUCAAUCUCCCAAAGAAUUCAAAAGGCGAAAGAUGAAGAGCUGCAUCCACAGCUUGUUGAAUUGCUACACGGUCUAAUGAGAACUUCGAAGACAACAUUGGAAUUGCACGAAACUCAAAAACAAGCUGUGCGGGGAAGAAAUAAUUUUUCUCGUAUAAUCCCGUUGACUAAGUCCACGCUCCUGCGUACGACGUCGCUUUGUCACCUGAAAACACAAACGUGAGCUAGCCGGCGGG